AUGUCGGGAGCAGGGGCGGGGGCGGGGGCGGGGGGAGGGGGGAACUCGACCCAAAGGCCUCGUCUAUGCAAGGCGUGGUACCUUGACGCCCCCGAGAAUGAGGCCUCUCCGACACUCCUGGCGGAGCUGGGAAUCGUGGACUACGCGGUGCACCUGGAGAACGGCAGCCCCGAUGUGAACAUCCAGCUGUGGAAGCUGGCCCAGGCCCGGCUGGCCAUGCACUCCAAGUCCGGCGGCGACGCCAUCGACAAGGGUGCGAUUCAGAUCGGGGAUCUGCCGGCCACUGCCUUUACCCAUGACGACAUGGAGGACCAGGGUGGGGAGGCCCGUUUCGACUGCUUGGAAGGCAUGUACUGCGUGUGGGGCGGGGAGGCCUUCGUGGACGUCCGCGACUGGGUCGACUGCUGGGUGAGGGUGCGCCUCCAGCCGGGGGACGUGGUUCUCAUCCCCCCGAACCGUUUCCACCGCGCCACCCCCAAGACCCCCGGCGCGCGCUUGGUGCAAGUGCGCGUCAAGACCGGCGACGGAGGCGUGAACGUGGAGAUACGAGACCCCCGCACGACGCCGGCGCCCGGUUCCUCCGGUACGUUGGCGGGAGACCCGCGAGAGCUGGUGGCGAGCCUGUGCCGGCAAUUCUAUGACCUGGGAUGGGUGACGGGAACGGGAGGUUCCAUCAGCAUCAGGCAUGGCAAUCGUGUUUUCAUGACGCCAUCGGGGGUCCAGAAGGAAAGGCUAAAGCCGUCGGACCUAUUCAUCUUGGACCGCCAGGGUCUUGUGCUCGCACGCCCGUCAACUCGCUCUGGCGCAAAAAGAGUGAAGAUUUCCGCGUGCCUGUCUCUCUUCCAGCACGCCUACCGCCUGCGGAACGCAGGGGCCGUGAUCCACAGCCACGGCAUCUACUGCGUCUUGGGCGCCAUGCUGUGCGAGCGCAAGGGCGUCAAGACCUUCCGCAUCACCCACCAGGAGAUGAUCAAGGGCAUGGAAGGGUCCACGUUCCACACCCCGGAAGGUUGCGAAGCCACCUGCAGAGCCACUGCUAGUGGGUUGGGAGUAAAGCAGGCGAACGAUCUGCCGUACCGAGAAACAACAGGGUACCAAGUACCAAGGCCCCGUUUCUGA